GUUUUUUUUUCCUUCUGGUUUUAGGGGAGACUACAUAUACUCCUUCCCAUCGACCUGGUGGACCUUCAUCUUUUCUUCUGUCUAUCCAUCCCUUGGUUCAUACUCUUCCUUCCCAAACCGAUCUCCUCGAAUUCCUCCUCUCCCUUGAGUACAUAGCUAUAUUCUUAGCUACCUCUGUUACUCUACACAAUGUUUAAGUCACCAGCCGCUCGUCAAGCCGUCAAGGCUCUCAGCAUUAACACACGCCCUGCUGCGGUAACAGCAGCAUCACGGCCAGCGGUGGCGAAUACCUUCUUCCGAGGGCUGUCGUCGACGGCUCCCCGUGCCAACGAUGAGAAGUCGAAGGCAGCAAAGGAUCCCAUCUUGGCCGCCACCAACAAAGCCCCGGAUGGUGUAUUGGACACAGAGGGUCGUUUCGCUCGUGUCGAUGAGAGUUUGCAGAUCGAAUACCCCGAUGAUGAGAAUAUGCCUCGCAGUCCUAUUGUUCAAGGCCGCGGAGGAAUGCACUUCAAGCGUACCCUGGCUCAAUUUUCCCUCGAGAACAAGGUCACCCUGGUGACCGGAGGUGCCCGUGGUCUCGGGUUGGUCAUGGCUCAGGCGAUCGUUGCAUCAGGCUCGGACCUUGCAAUUGUUGAUCUUAACAAGGCGGAAGCUGAGGAGCAAGCUCAGAAGUUGGUUGAACAGUUCAGGAAGGAGAACCCCGGUUUGGAGCAAAUGCCGACUGUCACCGCCCACUACGCUGAUGUUUCCGACCCUAACUCCGUGAACGAUGCUCUUUCCGAUAUUAUCUCCAAGCACGGUAAGAUCGACAACCUGGUCACCUCCGCCGGUUUCACCGAAAACUUCGAUGCCAUCUCCUAUCCUCACGACCGUCUGCAAAAACUUUGGGGGGUUAACGUCGAUGGAACAUACCUCUUUGCGACCGGUGUUGCCAAGCAUCUCAUGGAGCGCAAGGUCCCGGGCAGCAUUGUCAUGAUUGGUAGCAUGUCCGGUGCUAUCGUCAACGUGCCCCAGCCUCAGGCUCCAUACAACGCCGCCAAGGCCGCUGUUCGUCAACUUGCCGCGUCCUUCGCUGUGGAAUGGGCCGGUCACGACAUCCGUGUGAACUGCAUCAGCCCUGGAUACAUGCUUACUGCUCUGACCCGCAAGAUUUUGGAUGAGAACCCCGAAUUGCGGGACAAGUGGAUCUCCCUCAUCCCCACCGGCAAGAUGGGGACUCCCGAGGACCUGAUGGGUCCCGUUACCUUCCUUCUCAGUGACGCCUCCAAGUACAUGACUGGGGCCGAUAUCCGCGUUGACGGUGGCUACACCCUCACCUAAAUACCGCCGCGGAGUGUGGUGCU